GUGUGUUCAGGGAAAGUGAAACUGAAGUGUAGUUGAGCUGUAUUCAUGCCUCUGUAUUCAUGGCAGGAGCCAGAGUUUUUCGGGAUGAGUUCUUGUGUUCAGUGUGUCAGAAUCUCCUGAAGGAUCCAGUGACCAUCCAAUGUGGACACAGUUACUGUGAGAGCUGUAUUACAGGCUGCUGGGAUCUGGAGAAUCAGACGAGAGUCUUCAGCUGCCCUCAGUGCAGACAAACCUUCAGUCCAAGACCUGCUUUAGCUAAAAACACCAUGCUAGCUGAAGUGGUGGAGAAACUCAAGAAGGGAAAUUAUCCUUCUGACUGUGACGCUGGAGCUGGAGAUGUGCAGUGUGACGUUUGUACUGGAAGAAAAUCCAAAGCCGUCAAGUCCUGUCUUAUGUGUCUGAACUCUUACUGUCAGAAUCACCUUGAACAACAUGAGAGCUGGUUUCAAGGAAAGAGACACAAUUUGACUGAUGCCACUGGUCCACUGAGGGAGAUGAUCUGCCAAAAACAUGAGAAGCUCCUUGAGGUUUUCUGUCGCACUGAUCAGAAAUGUAUAUGUGUCCUGUGUACGAUGGAUGAACAUAAAAACCAUGACACUGUGUCAGCUGCAGCACAGAGGACAGAGAAACAGCACCAGUUGAAGGAGAUGCAUAAUACGCUCCAGCAGAGAAUUCAGCAGAAAGAGAAAGAUCUUCAGCAGCUGAGAGAGGCUGUGGAGUCUCAUAAGCGCUCUGCACAGGCAGCAGGGCAGGACAGUGAGAGGACCUUUACUGAGCCCAUCCGCUCAGUCAUUGAGAAAAGCCACUCUGAACUGAUACAGCUGAUCAGAGAUCAGGAAAAGGCUGCAGUGAGUCAAGCUAAAGGACGACUGGAGCAACUGGAGCAGGAGGUCAAUUAUCUGAGGAGGGGAGACACUGAGCUGGAGCAGAUUUCACACACACAGGAUCACAUACAGUUCUUGCAGACUUUCCAGUCUCUUUCGGCACCUGCUGAAUCUACAGACAUAAAUGCAGAUCAAGUCCUUUCUCUCUUCACUUCUGAUGGCCUGAGAGAAUCUUUCCAUCAGCUGAGAGACAAACUGGAGGAUUUCUGCAAAGAGGAGCUCAAGAAGAUCUCAGACAGAGUCACAUUAACCAACGUUGUUCCCAGGAGCAGGAAUGACUUCCUACAACAUUCCCUUCAGCUCACUCUGGAUCUGAACACAGUGAAUAAAUGGCUCCGUCUGUCUGAGAGCAACAGAGUAAUUACUUUCACUGAAAAAAAACGGCGUUAUCCUAAUCAUCCAGACAGAUUUGAUUAUUGGUAUCAGGUGUUGUGUAGAGAGAGUGUGUGUGGACACUGUUACUGGGAGCUGGAGUGGAGUGGAAAUAAGAGUGUGUGUAUAUCAGUGUCAUAUAAGAGCAUCAGCAGGAAGGGAUGGGGUACUGAGUGUGGGUUUGGAUAUAAUAAUCAGUCCUGGAGUUUGUUGUGCUCUUCCUCCAGAUACUCAUUCAUACACAAUAACAUAAAGACUGAUCUCGCUGUGAAGUCCAUCAGCAGUAGAAUAGGAGUGUUUGUGGAUCACAGUGCAGGAACUCUGUCCUUCUACAGUGUCUCUGACACAAUGAGCCUCAUCCACACAGUCCAGACUGCAUUCACUCAACCGCUGUAUCCUGGGUUUUGUGUUCAUGAAAGAUCAUCAGUGAAACUGACAGACUGUAUAGAGAGAUUCUACCCUUAAUGCUUUGAGAUGCAUGAUUCAUUUAUUUGUUGCUAACUGUGGAAUACAUUUUCAUUUUUAGGUUACAGCACUAAUGUUUACUUACACCGAGGAUGAGCAUGUGAGGUGCACAACAAUAUCAAACUUCCUAAGUAGCUGUAAUGUGUUAAAUGAAAUGACUGAAUCUACAUUGGUGUAUUCUGGUGCAUUCUGAAAACAUUUGUUGCAUCUAUACUAAAUGGUUUGAAUAAUAAAUAUAUUAAGCACAUUGUGGUAGGCAUGAAUGCUUUACACCUGUAAAAAAACAUACAUAAAAAAAGUUUUACAGAAACUGUAGAGUAGCUACAACUGAAGUUACAAUAUUGCAAUUAUGGUAUACUUACAAAAGUUUACUUACAACGUACAUAUGUAGGUACACUAUU